UCAAAUACUUGAUGGCUCUGAGUUCUUCUCAAGCCCUACUCAGACCCUCAAACUUCCCUCUCCAAAUUCCAACACAUGCUAAAGCCAUAAACUUUAAUCUGCCCAGGUUUCCCAGAGCAAGAACCAGAGCAUCCUUUGAAGGAAAUGACCAAAGUGCCACAGCCACACCUCUGCAUGUUCAGGAGCCACUGCUCAGCAAAGAAGUGGAGGAGAGUGUGAAAGUGCUGAAGAAUGCUGCAAAAACAAGAAAGGUUGCAGCAGAGGAGAUUCUGUCUGCUCUAUCUGUGCUUGAGAAUGCAAAGCUGGACCCUUCUGGGUUUCUUGAGACGCUUGGUGGGACAGAAUCACCGGGGAGAACUUGGAUGCUCAUUUUUACUUCUGAGAAGAAACUGAAGGGUGGUAGAUACUUCCCUAUAACUGCUGUUCAGCGGUUCGAUGCUGCUGGAAAGAGAAUUGAGAAUGGAGUAUAUUUUGGGCCAAUUGGAGCCUUAACAUUUGAAGGAAGGCUUUCUUGGAAGAAGAGAAUACUGGCCUUUGUCUUUGAGAGCAUUCGGAUAAAAAUUGGAACUCUGAAACCUUUGGAGAUCAGUCUAGGCCAAAAGGAUGACAGAGAGCCUAGCACCGAGGAUCCUUUCUUUAUAUGGUUUUACAUAGAUGAAGAAUUAGCAGUUGCUCGAGGCAAACAAGGGGGAACUGCUUUCUGGUGCCGCUGUCGCCGUGUAAUGUCUUGAUCUCUUUUCUUUUUCUGAGUUUCAGGUGAAUAUAUAGAUCUUUUUAUUUUUUUUGUUUUUAUAGAUCAUACUUUACAUAUACAUGUCAGGAUUAACAUGAAUUUGAAAGUGUAAUAUAUUUCAUCAAGACUGCAUCCUGCGUCUUUGCAUUAUU